AGCCUCAUCAUUUCUCUCUCUUCAAAAAAUUGUUUGCAGAAUUCAGCGUUGGAUUCGCUCAUUCUCUCUCUCUCUCUCUGGAAAUUUUGGUACGUGUUUCACUGCCUAAUACAUUGCUGCAAAUUUCGAAAUCUUAAUCUCGAUAAUGUUUUGGUUUGAUCCGAUUUUUGCUUUGGAUGAAAUUAAACCGUGUGAAAUUUUUGAUCCUUCGGUUUACGCACAUUGGAUCUCACUCUGCUACGAAUUUACUGUAGCAUUUUGCGAGGAGAUUACUCUUUUUCGUUUCGGUGUUUGUUACGUUUGUUGUGGUGGUUGUCUGUUGGUAUAGCAUAAGAUGUGAUUGAUUACAUGUAGUAGUGGAAAAAGUGUCAAUGUGGAGGUGAUUGAGGUGUGAGGUUUGUAGAGUUACUUGUUCCGGUUUUGCUGUGAUUGAUAGGAAUCUUAGCAUGCAAUGAAUCCGGCCGGUUGUGAUUCGGAAUCGGAUUGUUUCGUGUGUUGUUUUGUUUCCGGAACGUGAAUGAUACACGGAACGUGGAUGAGUGUGUGGUCCGUGUGAAUGUGAUGUUGUUGUCAUCUGUAUUUGGAUAUUUGGCAGAUAUAUAUGUGGAGAUUGUUGGUGAGAUUUUUAUAGUGUAUUCUGAUCAUUGUUUGCUUUGAUCAAGACUAAUUCUUUUGAGCUCUAUUUGAAGUGUAAGAGUUGUUGUAGAUAAUCGCGUAGAGUUGAUCAAUAGCAUUCUUUGUCCAGCUUUCUUUAAACACAUCGUUAUAGAUUUACCUCUCCAAUAAACUUACCAGCUACUUUUCUAAAAAAGAAAAAGAACCAUCAGCUACCUCGAGCUGAAACUUCAUUCCCAAUAUUGCUUAGUUAAUAUCAUUUGUGAUCAGGAAAUUUGGUUGUUGAUGCUGUCCUCUCAGAAUCUAAUGCAUUUUCUUUCAUUGAUCCUCUGUAGGUCCAUGCUCAUGGGUUCAAAUUCAGUUGUGGAUAUGAUAGAGGCCUCCUCAGGGGUUCAUUUUUCUGGAUUUCACAUGGAUGGCUUAGAGCAAAGACUGAAGAUUGAGCCACCAACAACCUCAAAUGAAAACAUGCAUAAGCAGCCUUUUGUUAUUGGGGUUGCUGGUGGGGCAGCUUCUGGUAAGACAACGGUUUGUGACAUGAUUAUACAGCAGCUUCACGAUCAGCGUGUUGUUCUUGUUAACCAGGACUCGUUUUAUCAUAAUCUGACCAGCGAGGAACUUAAACGGGUUCAUGAAUACAACUUUGACCAUCCUGAUGCUUUUGACACGGAGAAACUAUUAUCUUAUAUGGACAAGUUGAAGCAUGGGCAAGCAGUAGAUAUUCCAAACUAUGAUUUCAAAAGUUACAAAAAUAGUGUGUUUCCAGCGAGAAGGGUAAACCCUUCAGAUGUCAUAAUUUUGGAAGGCAUUCUUGUUUUCCAUGAUCCUCGUGUCCGAGAGUUGAUGAAUAUGAAGAUAUUUGUUGAUACAGAUGCUGAUGUGCGGUUGGCUAGGAGGAUAAGGCGUGAUACGGUUGAGAAGGGAAGGGACAUCGGAACAGUUCUUGAUCAGUAUUCACAAUUUGUAAAGCCUGCUUUUGAUGAUUUUAUCCUUCCUACAAAGAAGUAUGCUGAUAUCAUUAUACCUCGGGGUGGAGAUAAUCACAUAGCCGUUGAUUUGAUUGUACAACAUAUCCGCACUAAGCUUGGUCAACAUGAUCUCUGUAAAAUAUAUCCUAAUUUAUAUGUCAUUCAGUCAACCUUUCAGAUUCGGGGUAUGCAUACCCUCAUACGUGAUUCACAAACAACAAAGCAUGAUUUUGUUUUCUAUUCUGAUCGAUUAAUUCGUUUGGUUGUUGAGCAUGGCCUGGGACACCUACCUUUUACUGAAAAGCAGGUCAUCACUCCAACUGGGUCUGUGUAUAUUGGUGUGGAUUUUUGUAAGAGGUUAUGCGGUGUAUCUGUCAUUAGGAGUGGUGAGAGUAUGGAGAAUGCUUUGCGAGCAUGUUGUAAAGGUAUCAAGAUUGGCAAGAUUCUUAUUCAUAGAGAAGGUGACAAUGGUCAGCAGCUAAUUUAUGAAAAGCUACCCAACGACAUUUCAGAGAGGCAUGUAUUGCUGUUGGAUCCUAUCUUGGGAACAGGGAAUUCGGCCGUUCAAGCUAUUUCUCUACUUUUAAAGAAGGGUGUACCAGAGUCUAACAUCAUAUUUCUCAACCUCAUAUCUGCACCUCAAGGUGUGCAUGUGGUCUGCAAACGCUUCCCCAGAAUAAAGAUUGUGACAUCUGAGAUCGAAACUGGUCUGAAUGAAGACUUUCGUGUUGUGCCUGGCAUGGGGGAAUUUGGAGAUAGAUAUUUUGGAACCGACGAUGAUGAUGAAGGGGUUCCUCCAUCAAAGUAGCUCAAGGAAAACUGCUACUUGGUCCAACCAAUUAUCCACUUGAGUUAUUUUCAGCAAUGAUAAUCAACUAGUAACAUGCUGGGUUCUACAGUUUCAAUGUUGGGGAAAUUUUGACUUUCAAGUCCAUAGGUCUUCCGUUCUUUUACGAAUGUAUUUCACUUAUGACAAUAAUGCCAUAAGGUUUGGGGUCGGACAGCAAGUUUGUGAUAGCAGGCAGUGAGUGUGUGCCUAGAUAGCCAAGCUAGCUCCGGUUGAAACUUCUUCACAUUGGUAUGGCUUAGGAGGGAAGCAAUAUACAGGCACCCGCAUGUUAUGUACUUAUGAACCAGGACAUUUAUGAUAAAUCAUUCUUACUUUUCAUACAUUUCCUUUUCGAUCAUUUCUUUCCUUGGGUGCAAUGUGCAAGUUGCAUUUCAUGUGUCGAUUUUGGGUGAACUUUGAGCUGCACUAGUGUAUAGAAGUUUACCUGGUGGGGAGGAAGACUGAGACUGGCUACUGGUGGUGAUAUGUUUCGACAGUUGCUUGAUGGUGGUUGUCAGUCGUUGAUGUAUACAAUCGACGGUUGGACUUCCUAACAUGGAUGUCGACAAUCGAGCGAGCGAUCAACUGUCUUUAGCAUUCCAGGGACCAAUAAUGAGAAGAAAACAGGAGAAUUGAAGUGGCUGAGGCACACAUUUGGGUAGAAUCCAAAACUCUCAUUUGGUCUAUGCCUCUUCAAGCUUUGAGGACCUGGAUGAGGAUUAUUAGCCUUUCCACACAAAUUUAUGCCUGAGGAUGAGUAGCCAGUUGGGGAGGAGAGUGAUCACUCAUUGCUCUAUCCUAGGUUGAUAACCUUCCUUGGGCUAACCUUUGGACACGUGUUGGUGCCUCCUUUCGUUGGAUCUAUUGGCAUAUUCCAUCUAAGCUUUGGCUAUAUAGAUUGUUGGUUCUCUAAGUU